AUGGGCAGGAAAAAUAAGAAAAAUGAGGAUUACUUGAAUGAGCUUUUAGGAAAUGCUUGCUCUACAGGUGAGAAUCGGGCUGUAGAAGAUACAAGCAAGUCAAGCGAAUUGAUUGGCACGGAGAAUGCCUUGGAUUCUCUCAGUAUAUCUCAAAUGCAAGCAACGAAGCCAGUGACAAAGGGUAAGAGCCAUCAAUCAGAUGGGAAAGAGACAGCAUGUGCUGAUAAGAAGAGUAGCAGCCAUGCAGAUCCAUCUGAAAACAAUCCUAAUAAAAUUUCAGACAGCGAUGUGGAGAAAUCGCACGAAACAAGCAUAGACUCUAGCUUCAAAAGUCCGAUUUGCUGCAUUCUAGGGCAUGUAGAUACAGGUAAAACCAAGCUUCUUGACAAGCUGAGGCAAACAAAUGUUCAGGGUGAAGAGGCAGGCGGAAUAACACAGCAGAUAGGCGCUACAUUUUUUCCAGCAGCAGAGCUUGUUAGAAAGUGUGGAAAGAACACAUCAAAGCUUCCAGGACUUCUUGUAAUAGACACGCCUGGGCAUGAAUCGUUUACAAAUCUAAGAACAAGAGGAUCAUCUCUAUGCAACCUUGCAAUACUUGUUGUUGAUAUAGUCCAUGGAAUUGAGGCACAGACAUUAGAAAGCAUCGAGUUGCUAAAAGCUCGGAAGACGCCGUUUAUAGUUGCUCUUAACAAGAUAGAUAGGCUGUAUGGAUGGAAGGCUACUGAUUUUGCAGAUUUCGAGAGCACAAUUGCUAAGCAAUCGAAGGGAACACUGGAUGAUUUCAAUAAGCGGGUUGGAAACACAGUUCUGGCAUUUGCAGAGCUGGGCUUCAAUGCAAGGCUAUUUUGCAAGAAUGAUGACAAAAGGAGGUUUAUUUCGCUAGUGCCCACAUCGGCGGUAUCUGGCGAAGGCAUUCCGGAUCUUGUGUCGUUGAUAUUGGAACUUUCUGAAAAGUACAUGGAGUCAAAAAUGAAAAUCAAGGAUGAGCUGGAAUGCACAAUACUCGAGGUUAAGAAUGUCGAAGGAUACGGAACAACUCUUGAUGCUAUUCUAAGCAACGGGGUUUUGAAUGAAGGGGACAAAAUUGCAUUAUGUGGGUUUAAUGGAGUCAUAGUUACAUCGAUCAAGGCAUUGCUUAUGCCUCAGCCGUUAAAAGAGCUCCGUGUAAAGAGUCAAUACACAUCUGUCAAAACAGCAAGAGCCAGCAUAGGAAUAAAAAUCUUGGCGAAUGACCUUGAUAAGGCAAUAGCAGGAAGCAGAAUAUUAGCAGUCAAAAACAAUGAAGAAGAGGCAAAAGGGAUACUUGAUGCGGAUAUAAGGUCAAUCUUUUCAUCGAUAAAGCUGAGCAAGACUGGAGUUCAUGUUGUUUCAAGCACAUUGGGAUCAUUGGAAGCACUAACAACGUUUUUAUCAAAUUCGAAGAUUCCUGUCUCCGGGGUGAGCAUUGGAUCUGUAAAGAAAAAAGACGUGAUUAUUGUUGCAUCGAUGGCAAAUAAAGGAAAAGAAUAUGCGUGUAUACUCUGCUUUGAUGUAGUUCUUGAUAAAGAAACAAAAGAAUUGGCGUUUUCUAUGGGAAUCAAGAUUCUUGAGGCAAAAAUAAUAUACAAUCUUCUUGACUUGUACCUGAAGCAUGCAGAGGAAGAACGAAAUAAAGUAAAGGAGAUGCACACGGGCCAGGCUGUGUUUCCUGUCAAGCUUUCGAUUGUUCCAAAAUGCAUUUUCAAUGCAAGAAGCCCUUUAGUUAUUGGAGUCCAGGUUGAAGAAGGGAUCUUAAAGGUUGGAACUCCUCUUUGCGUGCUGAAGAAUGGAGAGACUGUCAAUCUUGGAUCAGUCACCUCUAUUGAGAACAACAAGGAUGCAGUAAAUAAGGCGGUGAAGGGCCAGAAGGUUGCGAUUAAAAUUGAAGCCAAUCCAAGCAUUGGCCCAAGGAUGUUUGGAAGGCAUUUUGAGCAGGACGAUGCAUUGUAUUCUGUUCUUUGCCGAGACUCAAUUUCUAUCGUUAAAAAGUAUUUUGCCGAUGAGCUUGACGAAGACUCAAUGAAGCUUUUGGCCAACUUAGAGAAUAAAUUCGGUAUUUUCUAG